AAAAUUCUCUAUAUAUAGAAGUGCAAUAAGAGAGAAUCAACACAAAGCACUGCCCAAUUCCAUGGCUGCACUUUUCUAUAUCUCAAUUAUCUCCCUUCUGUUUUCUUCCCUCUCCGGCAAACUGGAGGAUGAUUUUCCUGCAGAAGUUGAUGCUAAGGUGCUCGGAUUUCGCAAGGAAAAACUCACCCAUUUCCGAGUUUAUUGGCACGAUAUUUUAGGUGGGCAAAAACCCACUUCAAUCCGAAUCAUUUACCCACCUUCCAAUGUUUCAGCAUCCAGUAGUUUCGGCAUGGUAAGUAUGAUUGACAAUCCACUAACAGUAGGCCCUGAAUUGAAGUCCAAAUUGGUUGGAAGAGCACAAGGGUUUUACGCUUCGGCUUCGCAAGAAGAAUUAUGUUUCUUGAUGACAAUGAAUUUUGUAUUUGAUGAGGGGAAAUAUAAUGGAAGUACGAUUACAGUAAUGGGGAGGAAUGCAGUUUUCAAUAAAGUGAGGGAGAUGCCAGUGAUCGGAGGAAGUGGGCUUUUCCGAUUUGCUCGCGGCUAUGUUGAGGCAAGAACUCAUACGUUUGAUCCCAAGACUGGAGAUGCUACCGUUGAGUAUAAUGUCUAUGUGCUUCAUUAUUGAUUCUUAGUCUGCCUUUUUUGUGCAAAAAGCUAGAAAAAGUGACUUUUGAGCUGGGUGGAACAUGUUGUAAUUUCUUGCUAGCUUUUAAUAAUUAUGCGUUGGUUAUUUUUAGUAUUGAAUCAGUGUAACUUGGCUGCAUCAUCUCAUAGAUGCUGCUGUUUGGGAUCUAGAUAAAUUUAGGGCUUGUUUAA